CAUGAAGGUUGAAUUGGGGACCAAAAUUUGUGCUAACUCUUUCAUAUGUUUUCUAGCAAUAGAGACAAUAUUUGUACUCGUGAGUAAAACUGUAAAUGCACAAGAUAUCAGGGAUCAAGUUGACCAAAAACCAGUGAAAUAUUUUGCAGAUUUACAAAGAAAUAUCUACAGUAGUUGGAGCAGUAGAAAAUUACAAAAUGUUAAUUUUGACACUCCUUUUCUGUCAAGAGGGUCACAUUAUUCCAAGCAGAUGAGACAAAAUAUCUUGCAGAGAUAUAAAGAUUUCUACAUAUCACCGACCUCAGGAAAUAUAAAUAAUGAUAAUUUAAAAUCAACAUUCCUUGAUAGCAUAUCAAAAGCUCAGAAUAAUGCUAAUAUAAAAGCUCAAAAGCGACAUAACAAAUUAAUAGAAAAUGUACCAUCCAAAGUCAGUGUCACAAAAAGACUUUUGUCUGCAGUUAAAGAUGGGAGUCUGCCAUAUAAAGAGAGGGCCCCCAUAGCUAAAGACUGUGUGGCUCAAAUUGGCCAUGGGAAGUUUAAGGAGCUGAAGAACCACCUGUAUGAUGGAAGUAUUAUAGAAAUAGGCACUGGUCACACAGCUUAUCAGGCUGCUGUUGCAUUGGAGAAUACUACAAUUAUAUUAGUCAACAUGCCAGAUUCAGAGAUAAAUGAUUGUUUUGAAGCUAAGGCAGUAGUGAAUCUUCACACAGGGAUGCUUACGUUAGAACAGCUUGUCUUGGCUGCAGAGUCACUUUAUAAUGACUAUCAGGUACUAUUUGGAACAAUGUUUAUCAGUAACCUAGAGCAGAUGGUUGGAGAUUUACUGCCACAUGAGCUAGAGGAACUCCUUGGUAGACUGGUGUCACUCUCCAUGCAGACUUACAUAUUGAAUAUCAAUGAAGAAACAAUUUCUAAUAAAAAGAAACAAUUUUUCACAGAAUCGUGGGAUAGCCUUGCAGACUUAUCGCACAAGGUGUGUACUGUAGCAGGCCUGAAGUGCGGAGUCAAGAGGAUUGUUGCAGGUCCUCCGUACUGGAACAAUCCAGAAAUGAUUAUGCAGAUAGAGGUCAUUAGGGGUAUAAGGGUACUUCCAGAGGCUGUGUGUUUUGCCUUGGUAGAGAGAGAACAGGAGUGUUAUUUGAAAUUCAGCAAUGCUACAGACAAUGUUACAAUUCAAUUCCAAGACAAUCUGCGAUUUUUGUCACCUGUUAAUUUGGAGACAGUUACCAUAUCAACACUGUUACAGUUAGGGCCAUCUAUUUCAACAAAAGAAAAGCUGUUCAUGGAGCUGCUAAAUCUCCCAGUCACCACCCCACAUAUAAGCAGUAGGAACAUACACGUGCUUGGUAAACGGGUCUUCCACUGGCACCCUAAGAAUGGCUACAUCACAAAGGAUGUCACGGGAGAAGCAACUUGGGUCCGCACUAAAGUUAACUCUCUCCUUGAAACAGGCCUUGCAUAUGAUCACCUUCCUAAGUAUGAACCAGAGGACGACAAACCAAAGUCUAGCUUCGUCGGUGACGAUAAAUAUGAUGAUGUUGAGAGACAAAUACCAGAUCUAAACAAAGUCCAGCUUCUUUCAAAGAAUCUAAAUCGCAUGUCUUUUGACAAGCCACGUGAAGCAGCUAAGAAUCAAAAAGUUGGAAGAAGCACUGAGCUGAGCCCCAAGUAUGAUGAAGCAACACAGUUGAAGAAAAUGGAGGAGACUUGGAACAGAGAAAAGGUUGUUGAAAAUUCUGAUGAUGGAAAGGAUUUUGACACAAUAGGUGGAGAGGAAGAUGAGAAGAUUAAAGCUAGUAUUAACUAUGAUGCCGUCCCACGUACAGAUGAGAAAGAAGUCCGAAAGGCAAUGGUUGUUCUCAAUGGGAAAGCUAACAUUGACUCCAUUCAUAAGGAUCAGGCUAGAACUGGCUAUAAGUGGCAAUUCAAUAUGAAAGAUGGAAAUCGCAUUGAAGCUCUUGACAUUCCAGUCAAACAAUACCCAUUACAUAAAUAUGGCAAUAUUGAAGAGGAUAACAAACUUAAGUUUGAUGAUGUUAAAGCACAAAAUUAUAAUAAAGAAAGUGACAAGGGUAUAAAUGGAAAUAACCAGGUGUUCAAGCAGGAAAUAGAUCCUAGAAAAUUAAAAACGACAACAAAGAAAAUCAUUCCACCAGAUGGCGCUGUGAAACAACAGCAAGAACGAAUACAACCCCCUUUAGUUAAGGGAUCUCGUUCUAGGAAACGCUUUGCCAAAGGAACAACAUCCAAAGAUAAAUCUAGGAAAAAGAAUAAUCAUACUCAUAAAAAUUUGAACCCUAGUAAAAGAGUUGACGCUAGUUUAGACCACAUAGACAUCGAACCUGGAAAUACAAUGCGGAGGCUACUUGAUAUUGACCAGGAAGAGUUUGAGAAACGUUAUCAAGCAAGACUACAGCGCUAUAAGAAACAACUAGAAAAACUUAGAUCUGAAGAGCCUGCAGAUCCCAACAAACAAGAAAUAGCCUCACACACUCAACACUUUAAGUUUAAAACCAAACCAAGAGUUGAUCAAAAUUCUAAAACCAAAGGAUUGCAAGGAGAAGGGCAAAAUCCUGGUAGAGAGGAGGUGAGACAGCCCCAGACUGAGGACUCUCCAGCUGGCCAAGGCAAAUCAAAGGAGAACCCACCCCCUCCAACCCCUCCAUUUCUGAGGUCAAGAGAUAAUGUUGAAGAGUCAAAGAUGACUGUUGAUGAUGAGGAUGAUGAUGAUGAGGCUGACGAUGAUGAUGAAGAUGAGGAGCCAGAAAAUGAGGCUGCAACGAUACCCCAUGUGUAUGUUAGAUUUGGAUCUCAAAAUGAGGCUGAAAGUCGCUAUAACAUCAUGUGGAAAGUACUCAAGUCUGAAUUCCAGCAUCAUGACUCUCAUAUGGAUUACUUCAGUCUAUUCACUUAUGGUCGAGGUGAGGAGAGUCUACUGGGUUUCAAGAUUGCUCACAAAUAUCCGAAGUCUACUGUUGUAUCUGUAGUUGCCCCAGCUGCUUAUUCCAGGGCAAAGGAACUAAGGAGUGUCAUGUCGAGUGUAAGUGUUGAUAAUGAACUUUUGUUACUGAGUGACCUUACUCCAUACAUGGUGAAACAGUUGACUGACCUACCAGAGCUCUUCAAAUACCAGAUAUUAGGCUUGGAGACAUUUGCAUCAUUGGUUCAUCUUGGACAAAGCUUCCUAUAUCACCUAGGCAACAUGUUGAUGAUGUCACAAAUCACUUUUCUAGAGGUACCUUCACCUGUCCAAUUAGCCCUGGCGCAGAUUCUACUUGCAAAUGAAUCCCAGACUCGACAAAAUGAUGCAUCAGUGAUUCUAAAGGGGCUCAUCACGGAAUCCCUCAAGGCAGUAGGAGCAACAGCUCAAGUCCUGGUCCUCCCUGACUAUGGCAGAGGGUCCAGCCAGGGACGACUCAUGAAGGUUCAGUUGGAAUCAUUCAAGAGACAGGUGACUGUUGACUGUAAUGAUGAUUGGGCCUCACUGAAGCUUUCUAACAAUCAAGUAACCAUGCAGACCCAGGUUGGCAUAGAGACAGGUCACAAGUUAUCUCGAGCCAUGGAGGGUGUAGGCUUACAAUUUCUUUUAACGAUAGGCCUGACAAAUCCUGUAAGGCGUCUUUUAUUCCGUGAAUACCUCAAUCUUCCCGUAUAUGAGAACAUGUGUUCCAAUCACAUUGUGUUCUUUAACCAGACACUACUCUACCACCCUGCUACAUCAGAGAUAUCUCAACUCGUUACCAAUUUCGAUGGACUGAAACAGCAGCAAGCUCAGGUCCUGGUCAAAAUGCUGAUACAACAAUUUGAUGUCGAGCCAUUCUCCUUUUUCGAUUAUAGUAGUGAAGGACAUGUGAUUGCCUCACUUGCAGCUAAGUACUUGAAUAGUACAUUUGUGACCUUACAAAAUACAAACUCUACUGCAUAUGAUAUUUACCACAAAGCCAAGGAAGGAAAUAUUGUCAAUCUUGCAAUAUGCCAAAAUACCCUGAAAGAGUCGCUUACUGCAAAACUUAGACAGAGUCCAGAAUUUCUCAGGUAUCAGCUUUUAGGUAGUAAUCAAUUUCUAGAGAUGAUGAGAACAAACUACAGAAGUGAGUUCGAUAACAUGUUAGGCAACAUCAUAUCUACUGGUCUUACUACUUUUAUACAAGUUCCAUCCUCUAAGGUACUGUCCUUAGCUAUGAGCACAUUCCUGCCUCAUGCCUUCGAUGGUGAAAAUACACAAGCAGCUUAUAAACCCUCCAAGGAUCUAUACAACAGUGCAUUCCAUCCUAAGCCUGUAUACAAAAAUACAGAAUUCAAGCUUAUUGGAGAGAGUGCAACAGCAGAUGUAAAGAUCAACUUAACUUCUGUAGUACUAGAUCCCCAGUCUCAUAUACCACAUGCUCAAUACCCAUGGAGUUUGCUCAGGAUAGAUGUCAGGAACCUAACUGCGCAGGUUGAUCAUCAUUUUGAUUAUGCCCUCGAUGGUCAUAUGCGAAAGUAUUAUCAACAUUGCACAUCCAAUGCUACCCAUUUUGAGGUGUAUCUCAUCCGCUCCCCUGAUGGGUUCAAGAUUCCCUUUGGACGAGUUCAUGCUAUAACAUUGAUUGCUUUACUGAGGCUAGGUCUAAUUGAUGAAAUGAAGGACGAAUUUUAUGACAAAUUUUUAAAAUUACCUUUCUAUGAAGACAUGGCCCCUUGGAAUAUAGUGUUCAAGAGUGGUCAAUUAGAAUACAUAGACUAUGACACAAAGGACUUCACAUUUACUAAGAUGGUUCCUGCAGCUUAUCAGAUCAUGUCAAUGUUGAUGAACUAUGAAAGGACAGUCAAUGACUUGGGACAUUGCGGCCAGCCAUCAAACACAAAGUAUGGGUUCACUGAGCCAGCUAAGUGUGUAGGAAGUGACUUUAUAGGCCCUUGUGAGGAUUCCCGCUACCCUGUGCCAUGUGGUGAUUACACCUGUAAGUCUACAUACAUAGAAUGUCUACGUAGCCUCGCUCAAUUGGAGAAAGAGAAGACAAAAGCCAAGAAACAAGGUAUAUAUAUAUGUAUAGAGGAUAUCUUCACUUUUGUGACCAAUGAAUGA